CCAGCAGAGGGAGGAGGCGGACUCAUCCCAGCCUGGUUCUGCAGAGGAGCUCGGUGUUAGCCCGAGGGAGCCGGGCAGAGCGGCUGAAGCGAACGCCUCGCUGCAGAGAGACGGAGCGGCGGAGGGAGAGGCUGGGCCGGCUCCCCUCCCUGCGCCGGGCUCUCCUAGGGGAGGAGGGCGGGUGGCUGCUCGUUCCGGCCUCCUCCUGUCUCUUUAACCACCCCAAAAUGAUUCAGCUCCAUGGCUGCCACUGACGGGAAUGUCCCUGCCCGGCUCAGGCUGCUGCCGCCGCCCUGCUGCGUGCCAGCCCUGUACGUAUCUGCCUUCGCCUGGCUGCUCCUAGGCGCCCCAGCCUGCCGCGCUGCGGAGCCCCCGAGACCCUCUCGCCGCUCCUCCGCACCCAGCCGCCAGAGGCGGCGGCAGCCGCUCCCCCAGGGCCCCGCGGCGGGGAGCUCUGCUCUGCCGAGAGUCAUCCCCCUCUAGCUACACACAGCUCGGUUGGGAGCCGGGGAGGGGGGCGGGCGGUUGCUUUCUGAGUUGGCCGGAUAACGUGGGUAAUUUCUUCCCCACCCCCCAGCACCCCGCCCCCCGGAGAAGAGGGAUAGGGGGAGUGGAGAUCGGAGGGGAAAGUGAACGGCAAAGGAUUGAAAGUGUCACAUUCACUGGCUCUGAUCUGAAGGCGGCGGAGGGACCCGGCCUCACCCCCCAGCCCCCGAGAGGAGGAGGAGGAGGAAAAGGGGCGGUUUAGUGGCAGCGCCGGCUGUGCCGAGGCGUCUCAGCCUGUGCUGUGUGCGCCAGCCGGGAGAGGAGGGGGUUGUGUGUGGUGCCUCUCCCCUGGGUUGCAUGCAAAGCUAACUGUGUGGCUGUCUCUCUCCGGGCCGGGGGAUUGCACUCUUAAAAUAAACCCGGUACAAUGCACCAGCCUGACUCAGCCGCAGACAUUAGUCCUAGGAAGAUGGCGCACCCGGCAAUGUUUCCUAGAAGGGGCAGCGGCAGCAGCAGCGGCGGCAGCUGCGUUACUGCGCUCAAUGCACCAGGUACCGGCGCUGGUAGCGGUGCCCUCUCCACCGAGGAUUAUCCGCCGCCUCUGCUCAUCCAGCCGCCGCCUCCGUCUCUUGCAGCAUCUUCAUCGGCGGGUCCACAGCCGCCACCCCCUCCUCCACAAAGCCUGAAUCUCCUUGCCCAGUCUCAGCUCCAGCCACAGCCUCUUGCACAGACUGGAGCCCAAAUGAAAAAGAAAAGUGGCUUCCAAAUUACCAGCGUGACCCCUGCUCAGAUCUCUGCCAGUAUGAGCUCUAACAACAGCAUAGCGGAGGACACGGAAAGCUACGACGAUCUGGAUGAGUCCCACACUGAAGACCUGUCUUCUUCAGAAAUUUUGGAUGUUUCUUUAUCCAGGGCCACUGACUUGGGUGAACCUGAACGGAGCUCCUCCGAAGAGACUUUAAAUAACUUCCAAGAGGCUGAGACUCCUGGGGCCGUCUCUCCAAACCAGCCUCACCUUCCUCAGCAGCAUCCCCCUUUGCCACAUCACCCACAGCAGAGUGUUGUGAUCAAUGGAAAUGUUCACCCCCAUCAUGGUCACCAUCACCACCACCUUCAUCAUCACCAUCAUGGGCAUCAUCAUCCAUCGCAUCCCGGGGUGGGCAGUACACCAGCUUCUGGAGGACCACCCCCAAGUCCAUCAUUUAGAAAGCUGUCCACAACUGGAAGCUCUGACAAUGUUAUCACAACUGCACCAGUUUCUGCUGCAUCAUCCACUGGUACACCUACAGCUGCCCUAUCUAAUAUUCGCACUACAAGUACUGGCAAUAUAGGUGUAAGUCCUGUUACUGGAACUAGUACGUUAAGUAAUGUGGGUGGUGGUAGUCCUAGUAUGACAAGCAGCAUGCUUGGUAACGUUAAUAUAAACUUAAGCAACAUCACAAGUACUGCUAAUGUACAUGCUUUGUCUGGAACCAGCAGCAAUGUUAAUGUGAAUAUCUUGAGUGGUGUUGGCAAUGGUACGUGUGCUUCCUCUAAUGUCAUUAAUAAUGUUACUAAUCCAACUGCAGGAAUGGCAGUGGGAUCAAGUCAGCAGCAGCCUGCAGCUGGCACAUCAAGGUUUAGAGUUGUAAAAUUAGAUUCUAGUUCUGAACCUUUUAAAAAAGGUAGAUGGAUAUGCACUGAAUUCUAUGAUAAAGAAAACACUGUAGCAGUUACAGAAGGAGUAGCAGUAAACAAAGCGGUAGAGACUAUAAAACAAAAUCCACUUGAAGUGACUUCUGAAAGGGAGAGCACCAGUGGGAGUUCUGUUAGCAGCAACGUAAGCACACUGAGUCACUACACAGAAAGUGUGGGAAGCGGGGAAAUGGGAGCACCUACUGUGAUACAGCAGCAGACAUUUCAAGGUGUGGGUCCACAGCAGAUGGAUUUUAGUUGUGCUGGACCUCAGACUAUUCCAGCAUCCAAUAUACCGCAGAGUAUUUCUCAAUCACAGCUUGCACAAGUACAAUUGCCUUCUCAAGAAGUAAAUUAUCCACAGCAAAAGCAAGGAGUCCAGGCUUCAGCGCAGGCUACUCUACCAACUGUUACUGGUGUUCAGCCAACUCCAGUUAAUGUAGUAGGUGUAUCAUUAGGUCACCAACAACCUGCUAUUCCAAGUGUGGCUCAACAGCAGCUACCAUAUUCUCAACCCUCACGAUCUGUGCAAACUUUGCCUGUUGUACCACCGCAGCAGUUACAGUAUGGACAACAACAGACACUUCCCAUGCAGAUGACCCCUGCACGGGUUAAACCAGUGAAUCAGAGUUCUGUGACAGGGACCAUACCGGACUACAUACAACAUCAGCAGAUACUUCAACCUCCAGUGCCUGCUGUGCAAUCCAGCUCUACAGGAGUAGGAGCAGGAACACCGGUUCCUGUUGCUCAGGCACCAAGCAUCCAACCUUCUGUACAAGUACACCCUGCUGUGGCACCAGCUCAGCCUGUUGCACAUGCUCAGACAGCAAUGCCACCCGUAGGUACUAGUGGUCAAAUUAUUAACAUUGGACAACAAGGAAAUGUACCUGCUGUGGUACAGCAGCCACCUGUUGCAAACCAAAUGACACCUUCAGUUAUGCAGCAAAGUGCUGCUCCUCCAUCUUCACAAGUGGUGCAGCCUGUUCAGACUGGGAUAAUUCAGCAGGGACUACAAGCUGGUGCUUCAAGCCUUCCUCCGCAAAUGGUCAUUGCUUCACAAAAUGCUUUGUUACCUGUACAACCCCAGGCACAAGUAGAAACUGUAGUUCAAGGAGUGACCAGCCACCCAUUGCCUGCAGUUAGCCCUAUACCUUCUACUAGUACCGUUCCUGCUCCAAGUCAAGCUAGUUCAAAUGUACCUCUUGAUAUACCUUCUGCUCCUGUAAGUUUGGGUCCAUCACAGAACAUAGCACAAGCUUCAGCUGUGCAAAAUGGGAAUUUGAUUCAAAGUGUUAGUCAGCCUCCCUUGAUAUCAACUAGUAUAAGUAUGCCAGUGGCACAGAAUGUGCCACAGCAGAUACCGCUAAACUCUACCCAGUUCUCUGCACAAUCACUAACUCAGUCAAUUGUAAGCCAAAUUGAAGAUGGCAGGCGCUCUACAGACCCUUCCUUAGUUGGUUUACCGCAAGUUGCCAGUGGUGAAAGUGGUGUUGGAGCAUCAGCUGUUUCAGAUGGGAGUGGCAGCAACAUAACAUCCUCUGCUUCCCUUUUUCCACUGAAGGUACUGCCAUUGACAACGCAUCUUGUUGAUGGAGAGGAUGAGAGAAAAGGGACUUUGUGUGUAGAUUUGUUCUUAUACACACACAAGCCUUCAUCCCAGUGUGCUGUCACUGCACCUGACAGAAUCAAAAUAUCUGUCUGGCCAAGGGGAACUGUGGGCUUUGCCAGUCAUUCAUACUGAGAACAUAGUUUCUCUUCCUUCUCCUUUCUCUUUCCCAAGCAGCAAUAGCUUCUGCCUGACAAGGGACAUCCCUCAAGCAGCAACAUCUGACCUUUCCGUAGGCAAAUCUUCAUUGCUACUGCAGCCUCAGGCCAGCUGAAUGCGUGAAGCUCCCUCUGGAGCUGCUUAAUGUCACUCUGAUCAGUCCCUAUGCAAGUAGUUUCCAACCUUUAUGGGAAGGAGUUCCCAUUUGUGGUGUAUUUGUAAUGAACCCCCUUUUCUUCCCCAUGUCAUGUCAUGCUACAUCCUGGCAGUCAGUGAGUAAAGGACAUUGAAGCAGGAAGGGGAGCACUUGCCACACCAGCUGAGGAAGAGUGGGGAGCAGUGCUCCCCUAAGUCAGGGAGAGAGGGAGGCGUUCCCCUCUGUUUUUAGCAGAGGCAGGGGAGUUAUACUUUAACUUCGGAAGGCAUUGCAGCUGUAUCUUACCCUGGUUUAUAUCCAGCUCCCUUCCUCCCUCUCCUCUCUAUUGUUUCCCACCCUGUUUUUUAUAUUUUGGCAGAGUUUGCUUUCCACUUUUCAUUUGUUUUCUCCCUACCACCCUUCUCUGUUUUCACCUAUCUUUGUGCAUUUUUUCUCCAUCAGUUCUCUGCCUCUCUCCCCUUCUUCCCACCAUUCUCCCCAUUGUUUCCUCCUACCUCUCACCUCCUUUUCCCUCUCAUUUCUCUCCCUCUUCCUUCCCCACUUUAGUCUCCUGCCCUUUCUUCCCUUUUUACAUUUUCUCCUUCCUUCUUUCCUCUUUCUCCUCCAUCUCCACACUCUUCUUCCUGUUCUUUCAGUUUGUAAAAGUGUAGCCAGGUGCAUUUGCUGUGCAUGCUCUGACGUAAUAUUAAGAUUCCCAGUAAAUACAACAAAAGUGCCCAACACCCUUAAUAACCAGCUGCUCACAAGAUAAACAACAUCACUUCUAUAAAAUACAAUAACAGCCUGCCAAUCCCUCCACCCAGGCCUGAUCCUGUAGCCCUUACCUACAUGCAUAGUUCCAUUGACUUCAACAGAACUGGCCUCACGAAUAAGGGUUGUGAGAUUGAGGCCUGGAUUCCUGGUUAAAAAGAGGGGCCUUUCCUGGAAGGGUAACAAAUACGAGCUCCUUUGGAUAGAGUGAAAGUGAAUAUCAGAGUCAAGGGCCUUCACAGAGAAUACUUUGACAGGCGAUAUUACUUUAAAAACUUUCCCCUUUUGUUAUGCAAGCAAACAGAAAAAUUGAAGAUUGUGAAUGUCUCCCUUUCUGAAAUAAAUUUUGUGUAACCACAUGCAAUGUAGAUGGAUGUAGAGAGAUAUAAAAAUAAAAUCUGUAUUCAUAAGGA